AUGUUGUUCCAUGAGUAUGAUUCACCCUUAGCUUAUCUUAUAAAAGAAAAAAUUGGUUUUGGCAAGAUUCGCAAAAACGAAAAAGGCCUUAACGAACAAAGCACUAUAUAUUUUGUGUCUAGAUUGGAUGCUAUGAGGAGAAUAGCGACUUUAAUAAAUGGCAAAUGUCGAACGGAUAAGGUGGAAAUGUUUAAUGAUAUUAUCCUUCCCCGUAUUAAUAAGGAAAGCGAGAUUCCUAUACCAGCCUUAACUAAAGAUGCUAAUUUACAAGAUCUAAAUUAUUGGAUGGCGGGAUUUUGUGAUGCAAACGGUACUUUUAAAAUAAAAAUAAUGAGCGGACCUGAUCCAGAUAUUGAAAUUAAACUCGAAUUUCAAGUUGAACAAGAGGAUGGGGAUGGUUUAACAUCUUUUAAAGAUGCCUUUGGAGGGUUUGUCCGUUACGGGAAUCCUUGUUUUUACAAUUCUGUAGAUUUUGGACCCGCGUAUAAAAUUAUUAAUUAUUUUGACCACUUCCACUUGAAUUCAACCGAACAUGUAAACUACCUAAAAUGGCGUAAGGUUUAUUGUCUGAUGAUGAGCAACGGUCAUCUUAACGGACGCGGGCGUACAAGAAUAGAAAAAUUAUGUAAAAGCUUGACUGCUUAUCCUUAG